CAUUAUGUCGUAUAAUAAGAACAUGAUGUCUCAGUACACAACUGACAUGAGCAAGGGAGGGGCUGCUGCAAAACACACUGAUAGAAUGAAUGCAAAGAGCCAAAAGAACACUUCCUGUUGAUGCAAAAUUGCAGCAGCAACUGUCUGACACAUCUGGACUGGAGAGGGGGGGAGGCCUGGCUGUGGUGUUAGCGAACUACUGAGGGGGGACUGAAUGGACGACGUUCAAUGUUAAUCUGCAAGAAGGUGAGUUUGGUGGAGUCGGUCUCUUUCUCGUACCUGAUGUGUUUGUGUGUUUGUGUUUUGGGCGCGUCGUCGCUCCGGCGUUGAAAGUAAUGGGGGAAUAAUUGCCGACUUAGCUUAGCGCUUUAGCACCGCCUGCUACCAGACAGCGGGCUGAUGCUAAUGCUAAUGCUAAUGCUAACGGGAGCAGUGAAGCUACUUCAUAUGACAGCCGACAGAGUUUGAACCCGCGGUCGACGUUGUAACUUAUUUAAUAUGAGUGACACACAGAGUUGACAGGCGGGUUUGUAGUCAAAUAAAGGUUGGCUUUAACACGAAAUUAUCCACUAUGUGUGGAAACAGACAGUCCGGUUUAAAAUAACACAUUUUCCCCGGAUAAUUGCCGACUGUGUGGUGGCUAAUCUAGCCAGCUAGCUGCUGCUGUAGUGCUGAUAAUGCUGCCUGGCAGUUGGGUGUUUCGGCCCUGUCAGGCGAUGUCUGUGUAACGUUAGUGUGUCUGAAAGUAAAUGUGGAAACGACUAAAGAAAUGGAGGGGGAUUGGUGUACGUGACGGACAGUACAGGCUAGCGAUAGCUUCAGUAGCAGCUAGUCCUCCACAUCAUUAGCCUCCUUUACUAAGUACAGACAGAAAAGGUUAGGAAUAAAGUUUGGCACACAGCUCGGUCAGUCCCCGGGGUAUCCGCUCCCUGUGCACGGAACACGGUAUCAGUGUACAUGCUAACGUCCCACAACUCCCUAUAACUAAUGAAUGUGUCAGAAAAACCCACAUUUUUCUGCGAAUUUAACAUCAUUUGACCUGUAUUUAUUCUGCGUGAUGGAAACCCCGACCUAUUGCGCCAUAUUGAGCCAUCUCCUACAGCAUCUGUUCAACCAAUAGAGGGAAAAAAAAAGUUGUUGCAAUGAUUUUUGUUCCUGUAGUGCAGCUGUAAAAUAAUAUGGCUGGGAAGGACAAAGUGCACACAUACACACUCACACAGAGACAUGACAAGUUAUUCUGUACAGCUGGGUUCACCUGGGUCACCAACAACUGUGUUUACUUCAUUUUCUGUGACACAGGUUUAUUCUGAAUGUUCCAAUAUGCUGUGUCCAAAGCCCAGUGUUAAACCAAUAACAUGCCCCGUUCCUACACCAUUGUGUCUAAAUGGCAUAACGACAAGGCAUGUCAGAACAGAGUGGAGCCAAACCAAUUACGACUUUUGCAUGAGCAGGCAUUAUGGCUUUGUACCCGUUCGACCCUAUUUCUUAUAGCUCUUGUUUCUGUUUGGGAUAAGCAGUAAAAUUGAAUUGGUUUUAACUGCCAGCUGGAAUUAGUGAUUGUGCAGAGAAAGAGGGAGAGGGAUGCUUGGCACAUAGAGUAAUGUCUGGUAAAAACAGGGCUCAGUGAGGUCUACCCUGAUAAUCUUAAAAUUCAGAAAUAAAUAGUUAUUGUUUGCAGUGAUUUUUGCAGAAACAAUCACCAGGCCUGACUGGAAUUCAACCUUCAUUUGCAGAGUUUUCCUGCAUCUCAGCGACAAACAGUUGCUGCUUACGUUGAAUUCUUAUACACCUUUACCAAUAGGCAGUAAUAAAAUCAUGCUUUAAGGGCAUUGCUUCAAAUGUAUAACAGCCUGCUGUAAUUGCAGCUGUGAAAUAGCAGCAGAUUGCCUCUAAGUGAAAAGACAUUGUAGCAGGAUGGUAUCUUUAAUAAUGUGUGCCGGUCAUUUAAAGCCACCUUUGUAGCUGGAUGUGGAAUGUGAUGAAUUUCCCAAAGUUAAUAUUAGACAACGUUUCAACCGGUUAACUCUCCCCUGAGUGCUUCAGUCCUCGGCAGCAGGGGAUGUAGAUGUUUGAAGGAGUUGGUCUUUUCUCUGCAUUAGGAUUCUGAAUCAUACCCCUCGAUUUCUUUGUGCAGUCUCCUCGCCGUGAGCCACUCCAGGAACAACUUGACUGCAUGAUCAUACCAAUGUACUUCACUGCGCCGCACAAUACCGUGUAAUUGUAUUACUUCUUUUUUUUUUGACAAAUUGAAUAAGGUUUGAGACUGGAUAUUUUCUUGGAAAUGUUUAAAGAUAACAAGAAGGACCCAAAUCUUUAUCAUCUGCCACUGCGGUUCAUCUGAUAAUCACAUGAGUAGGCAGAGAUGAAAGAUGAGCAUUUUCUAGUUUCCAGUUAUCCACUCCAAGAACACACCCAAAGGCUAAGCAUACAGUAUUUAGCCUCACACACUGUGCUCCUACUAAGCCUGAACAGUGUCCACAAAACAUGUUAUUCUCACAACAUCUAAGGUUCUUCUCACACGAUACCUUUUUCUGCCGAGUGUAUUUUUAUUUACUUUUAUUAUACGUCUAAAAUUGCUCCCUUAACCUGUGCAUGUUAAGCGAUUUCGCUCUGGGUCUUGUCUGCCCCACAAGCUGUUUUUCUCAGUAGGUGCUGAUGUCGAAGAAAGCAUUCAGUGCUCGCCUGCUGACUUUGAUUUUUUUUUUUCCCUUAAUGUUUUUUUUUUUGUCCAUAUUUUGAUCGACAUGGAAAAAACUUGGAGGAUUUAGGUGAUGUCUUACCCCCAGAGUUCUGCUGACAUUACGGUCAGCAAGAAUACACUCAGCAUCCUCUCUUACCCACUUACAUGAGGCAGCUGUGUCAGAAAGGUUUAUUACCAGGCAGAGUACAUGAGCUGCAGAUGGAAUUUUUGAGCCGAGUUUAAACAUUUUCUGUUUUUCCCACGUGAGCCGAGCAUGUGACCCUCGCCCAGCGUGAGCAUCUCAACUACUGAGCAUGCAUUCUUUGGCUUCACUUCAACUUGGCUCCGUUCAGUAAGCAUGCAGUUGGCAGCCAUUGCUAAUAUGGUUUAUAGUAUGAACAUGUUGCAUUUGAGCGCUAGUAAUGGGCAAGUAGAAAUAAUAAGGUACACUUUCUUAUGAUUACCCUCGCUGCGUAUUGCUUCAUCUUUCCUUCGCCUGUGCCAGGAGGGAGCAUAUGGUUGGUUAGACAGGUGUCUUGGCAAGCUUUGGCAACUGGAGAAAGUGUUUACAUUCCCAAAGUGCUGACACGCACUCAAUGCGCAGAACAUCAUGCUGAAUUGCUAGCGAGGGGCUUGGAUGGAGGAGGGGGUGCAGUGGGAGGGAUGGGAGAAGGGCAGUUAGGGUGAGAGGAGAGGAGGGAUAGGCUCAAGGAUGGACACAUAUCCAGAUUUUGCAGCGCUGAAGUAUUUUCUAGUAGUGAAAAAAGAGCAGGAUCGGACUUUCCUGAUGCAGCUGUCCAAAAUGUGUUACAACUGUUUCUGCUGAGAAGGCAGGACUUCUGUCUGUUAAUAUUUUAUCAACCUGCGCAAGUGAGUAUACUAUUGUGUAAGGGUAGUAUACCAUUACUUUCGCAGCAGUGCCUUCCAUCAGGGGAGCUGAUCUGUCAUUUUGCCAAAACAAGUUUCUGCCAAGUCUUGAAUGUUCUGGCUUGUACGCUACGAAAUAUCAGAAUGCAGGGAGAGGCAGACGUCGGUUGUGCUCAUCUGUACAGAUUGUACGAAUGCGAAGAUCACCUGGCAGAUCAACCACAAUCAGACAGUUACAAAGGUGUUUGCGUCAAUGGCUUUGCCAAUGUUCACUUUAUUCAAACACAUGAAAGAGGCCUUUCAGGUUUCGUAACAGACGUCCAAGACAGCUUGGUGCACGUUUACUUUCCAAGCAGAACCAGAUUUUCUUCUUUCUCUGCCAAACGCAGAAUGUGUACCUUUAUGGUUUCCCCUAUAUGACUGUUACGCCUCACAACAGACUGUAUGUGUAAUGAACACUAGUACAUUGUGUUCAUUCUGUCACAAUCAGCUGGUCUUUGCCUGCUCUUCUUAGUCCUGGAUUGAACAGAUAUGGUUAUGGCUGGAUAAUCCUGAAAGUUGAUUGAUGGAUAAACUAUGUGGAUAUAUUAUAUUUGAAUUACGUUGUCCUCAUGACACAUUUUCUCUGUGAGGCUCUGAGAAACAGCCCGAUCAUUACCACAAGGAAAAGGAGGCCAUCAUAAAUUCUGUAUGUAUUUAAAGAGUGAAUCCCUCUCUGUAUCUUUGUUAUAUAGAGAGAAAGAUAAAUGUCUGGACUCUCUAAUGAUUACUGUCUGUACCAUCUCAUUUCUUUGAAGAAGCUGCCGCAGACAGUCAUGAACAGCUGUGAAAUUGCUCUGCUGCUGGAUCUCGUUUCACAUCUCAUUCUCCAUACUACGACCCCCUUUUGUGCAGUCUUGUGUAUGACUUGUUUAAGAAGCAGAAUUGUUUAUUCUUGUACGUGUUCAUUAUAAUUCCUGUCUUGUUUUCUCCUGAACAAAAGAGCCUGACCAGUUCCUGAACGUUCAGGCUGUAGGCAGAACCAACAUGUUGUACAUUUCUCGACAUUUGCAUUGACUGAAGGAAGUUUUAGAUGCGGCUUGAAGUCGAUGGUAGGGCUGACUGAUGUAUCAUUUGAACACCACAAUUAUGUGCACAGUGGUCACAUUGUAGGAUGUGCAAAAUCAAUCACAUGACCUGAAUCAGUCCGUUACUUCCUCCUUGUCCGGGGUUAAUCCAAGAUAAAUGUGUAUCUGAAACCGUUUUAAUGCAGCCCCUCACUUUGACACAGACAAACUGACCGCUGGCUGCACAGCGGUCAGUUUGUCUGUGUGUCACAUGAUGACUGUAGAAAGUAAACAUGCACGUCACAAUGCUGCUACUGUCACAGAUACUGGGAAAUACUUGAUUACAUUAAUGGAGUGUAGUCCUGCUGAUCUUGGUGGUCCUUCACAUGUUCAGGCUGCGAAACUAACUGGACUGCAGAGUGUUUUCUUUUAGUGUCUGAAAUCUGCAGCACAGAUUGUAUAUGGUGGUGAUGGGAAACUAUUCUAAAGAAGAAGUGUGAUUUUGUUCAGAUGGAAGUGGUUACGCAAAUUUAAUUUGUAAUUUUCAUCAGUGGAAGAAAUAGUUGUGUGUAUCUAAGAGAGACAGACUGAUGAACCUCUCAGCCACAUAUAUAUGUGCACCUUGGAGGCCGAUAGUAGAAAUAAGCUGCGGAUAUAAAUAUCAGUCAUGUGCUAAAAUUGAAAGCAUCACCCACUGCAUUUUCAUCAACUCAUUUAAAAGCCACCGUGAACAUCAGAUUUUAUUGUGUAUAGGAUAAUGGAUUUUUAUUCGUCUCUAUUUAAAAAAGAACCCCUGUGUGUUCUUUAAUUUUUAUAUUUUCAAAUAAUUUCAGAUGUCUGGACAGAAACCUCUGAAUCUCUUGUUGUGGACAUUUACAGAGGCAGAUUUUUUUCAUCUACAUUGAUACUUAAGUUCAGCAACUUUGCAUCUCAUUUUUUUAGUCUUAUUACAUUGUUUUAAUUUGAAAUUUACGAAAUACCAAAUUUAAAAAAAAACCAUAAAACUACUAGAAUGUAAUAUCAGAGCCGCAAAUUGACUGUCAGCUGACCAGAGGUGUCAUUAUCGGUAUUUGCAUCAGAUGUUGAAAAGCUGUAAUCAGUUAACCACUGGUAAUUAAGUCAAUUGUGUUAGUACAGUUUAUGCAGUAACCUGUUGUUCCACCUGUACUCGCUCCCUCUUUCACAUGCAGGUUUCAGAUCUGGUUAUUGUGAUAGAAGUGGUUCUGCAGAAGAAAGUAGACCUAAAAGAUCCAGAAUCAUUGUGUUUUUUAGGUUCAUGUACAUCAAGAUCAGUCCUACCGCCUGUAAAUGUUCACUCUGGAAUCUGUCUGCCUGUUAAUGCUAAAUAUCCUCAUUUCUACUCACUCUAUGUGUUGUUGAAAAGGUAUCUGCUGCUAAAAUUACACUGAACCAAAUAUAAGAGUCAUCAUGUUUAUUAUAAUGUAUUCCUCCUGGAAUACUUCCUAAAACCAAAGCAGUGAUAACGCAGACAGCUGAUGUGGACUGAAUACUCCCAAUAUGAGGUUAAAAAAUUAUUAUCCUCUACAGUAACAGAAAUAUUAAUUCACAGCACAUGUCUGUCUAUGGUAAUCUUCGUGGAAAACAAAUAUAAAUUCAGACGAAGCAGCAGAGUGAAGGGCAGUACAGCUUCAAUGUUGUCCUCAGAAAUGUGUGUUUUUGCUGUAGGACGUCACUGGGGUUUUUCUGAGAACGGUCAUAAAAACUACUGCGAAUAAUAAACAUCAAAAGAGCUUCUCUUGUUAUUUGUGUUACACACAGACAGAGACGUGUUUUUAUUAAUUAAUGGAGUGUGGAAAUGCUGCAUUACUAUUCGUUGUUUCACAUCCUAACACUGUCUCCUCUUUUAUCUUUUCACCUCAGGCUGCCGACAAACUGGAGAAACAUAUCCAAGAAAUGGACGACGGCAGCUACAUCGAGUUCGAUGUGCCGGAGUUCAGCAACACUGUCCUGACCCAGCUCAAUGAGCUGCGGCUGCAGGGAAAGCUGUGUGACAUCAUUGUUCACAUUCAGGGCCAGCCGUUUCGAGCCCACAAGGCUGUGCUGGCAGCGAGUUCACCCUACUUUCGUGACCACACUGCCCUCAGCACCAUGAGUGGCCUUUCCAUCUCAGUCAUUAAAAGCCCUGAGGUGUUCGAGCAGCUUCUCGCUUUCUGCUACACAGGUCACAUGUCCCUGCAGCUCAAGGAUAUCAUCAGUUUCCUCACAGCUGCCAGCUUUCUGCAGAUGCAGGCCAUUAUUGACAAGUGCACCCAAAUCCUCGAGAGCAUCCACUCCAAGAUCAGUAUCCCAGUUACUGUCUGCAGCCCAGAGAAGGACGACUCGCAGGCCAGCCACAACGGGGUCAAUGACAGCAACCUCUUUGUAAACCCUACCCAGAUCUCCCCCCCUUACUACUCUCGCCAGAGUCAGGCAGCGCACGAGGCACGCUUCGAGCUGGCAGGAAAAAGCCUGGGCCGGCGGCGUCAGCAUCAGGAGGAAGGCCAGUCGGACAGAGGCAGCAGCGAUAGCGUCUCCGAGCACGACGCUCCGAUGGAGGGAGAAAUCGAGCAGGUGGAACUGAUCGGGAAAGAUGGGCAAGUAACAGAUGUGCAAGUGAAGAUAGAGAAGACGGACAGGCCUACCUACUCAGAUAGUUCCUCAGCUGGCGAUGAUGGCUACCACACAGAGCUGGUGGAUGGAGAUCAGGUCGUCGCCGUCAGCGUGGGUUCGUACGGCCCCGUGAUUCAGUCGGCUACCUACACUUACUCAGGACUGACCUCCCCAUGCUUUGUCAACCUUAGCAGCUCCAGUCCUUCCCGCUCCAUCCUCAGCGGCUAUCGAGGCGGGCGAGCCAAGGCGAAGCGCCCCCUGGCCAUCCCGGCGUCAGUGCUGAGUCAUAUCAAACCGGUCUCCGAAGACGGCGAAUCAGCAGUGGGAACCCCGGGGUUGGAAAACGAUGUGCGAGAGCGGAGCCUGCGGAGCCAGUGGUAUCCCUACAAUGAGAGACUCAUUUGUAUCUACUGUGGUAAGACCUUCAAUCAGAAGGGGAGCCUGGAUCGCCACAUGCGUCUGCACAUGGGAAUCACCCCGUUUGUUUGUAAGUUCUGUGGCAAGAAGUACACUAGGAAAGACCAGCUGGAGUACCACAUCCGCGGCCACACGGACAACAAGCCUUUCCACUGUCAGAUCUGUGGCAAGUGCUUCCCGUUUCAGGGCACCCUUAACCAGCACCUGAGGAAGAAGCACAUGGGCGCGUCAGAGGGCAGUAAUCACAUGGACUCUCCAGAGAGGACGGAGGGAAGCUCAGGUCAGAAGGACCAGGAGGAUACGUCUGAGGGGAUGGCCUUUGAGGCUCAAUAUGCAGAAGAGGCACCAGCCAAUGAUAUGGAGGAGAGUUCAAAAUGCAGUCCGGAGGAGGCGCAAGCGUCAAGAUGUGAUUUUUAGGUCCUGCUUCAGGUUAAGGAAGCUUUAAGAAAUGCUUAUUUUAACUCAACUAAAAGGACCUUUUUCUUUUUGAAUCAGCUCCCUCCACUAAAGACACAUUUCUUCAAGGGUUUCUGUCGAUUUUGUGAAAGUUAGAUGUUGAAUGCAGAGAGAAAAUGGGUGCUUUAUAGAAAUUUGAUUCUUUCAAGCAAAGGGAGUAACAGCUUACUAUUUUUGAGGAGGUCCCAAUAAUCAAGACCCCCUGAUUGAUUUCUCUUUUUAUCUUUCCAUGUUUUUUAAAACAUAUUUACAGAGUUAUAUAGGCAUGUUGCAAUAAUUGAUAAUGUGAAAGCUCUGGUAAGAUGCUAGUCAUAUCACCUUUUUACCUGACCUGUUUUUGCACAUGUGGCCACAGGAGGUCACUUACUCACAAGGAAUGAUUUUUCUGCCAGUGCAAAGCUUCGUGUGACAUAUCCGUUCUAUACCUCAUGAAACAACUACAUACUCAUAACAGACAGUAUUUUAUCUUAAAUGAAACUCACCAGGUUCUACCUCAUAGCCAAGAACCUACCAGGCACAGAAGUGUUCACCGUUUAAAAUCCGUUUUAGGUUGUUUGUACAGUAUCUUAUUGCCAAACCAUGUAAAGUUUAUCCUCUCAACACAAAGCCUUGAUACUAAGGGGAAAUAUUCCUUGCUGAUUGUAUGGAUUAGGGACAAAGUCCUUGUCAAAUGUUUCACGGUCAGCCAGGUUAAAAUGUAGAUUAAGAAGGUGCUAUGGUAGGAGUGCAUUAAAUUUGCUAGCUUUCUGCUAUGUUUGUUUUUUUCCUCCAAAAAGAGAAUAGAGUAAGAAAAAUGGCCCCGUAUACUCACAAGACAAAAUCAGAAUCAAGAAACACUUUGAAUCUCUCGUCACUACUGGGGAUCUCCCGCUGUGUAGAUGCUGUCAUCCAUGUGAUGGGUGAGUUACGUCCAUGCAGUAGAGUCAUUUGUAUUCCUCUAUGCUCCGAUUGCCAACGUUAACUGAAUAAUCGUACGUGUAAAUUGUUUUUUUUUUGUCAUGAGGUAGGCUUCUAGGUUGAUACUCAGCGUCUCACAAAGACAGGAACUCAUUGAAAACUCAGCACAGCAGGAACAGCCUCGCAUCUGUUCGUACAAAUCUAUCUAGGAUUCAAGUCUGAUUAUAAUAUGCAAACAGAAAGAACAAAGGAAUCUCAGCCAUUCUGACAUGGUUUUUCUUCCAUCUAUGAAAGAGCUUUUCGGUUCGUUUCCUUUUCUUUCGUUCUGUCCUGCCCUUUUCUGACGGGACGUGUAAUCUGUGAUCUUUGAUCUCUGUAUAGUUCGGGGUCAGACGCAGACGUGGAACAUGUUUUUCCUCAUUCGUCAAUCCUUCUUUACGGUAUUGACGGGGACAUGUUAAAGCUGGAUUAAGGCUAGGAGGUAAAUGUUGUUUGUGGUAGCUGGUGAUCCAAAGUAUUGAUGCACUUUGCAGAGUUAGUGGUUGGGAUCUAGAGUGCUGACCCACAUGAAAUGAAUUGUGCUGAUUUUUGUCUUAAUUCUGGUGCAGCAGCAGAAGUGUCGGAGUCCGACGUGCUUUAUUGCAUCAAUUUUCCUCUGAGUAAAAACGGAUAUGGACUUUUGGUGAAACUCUGCAACCACAUGAAUACUAUUGGCUACAAGCCCUGCAUAUGGCAACAUGAUUUUAUCUAUACUGUUUGAACCAUGGGGGUCAGGGAUGGGGGUGUUGUUAGUAUAAUAAUAUAUAGAGAUUUGGGUUUAUUUCCAUUUGUGAUUUUCAAGAAUCUGCAUUCACGGUAAAUACAAGAAAGCCUGGUUGGUUAUCCUGUCAUUUAUAGCUAACUUAAUGAUGAACCCUUUCUUACUUGCCAUUCAGCUUUGAAAUCUUUUUAAGUAGAGCACCUGCUAUAAGCUUUUAAGUUGUCUCAUCUGGUCCAUGCUGAUUUUUUUUUUUUUUUUUUUUAUCAAUGAACUUAGUUUGAUUAUUUCACAGUUUUCUUAUAAUUUUCUACUUUGUGUGCAUUUUGCCAGGAGAACAUUAUUUCUUGUUGUUUAUUUCUAAGGUUACAUCAAGAUGGCAGUCCUUGAAUUCCACCGAAUGUGCGGUCGACAUCUUCACUCGCUGACGGUUAAGAUAGCAAACCAAACUCCGUGGGAUUUUUUGCAGAUCAGUAUAGCUAGCUCUUCGUUAUCUUUUUUUUUAUGCAAAAGUUUUCGUCACAAACACUUUUGUCGCCACAACCACACAGUCCGUCGACCUCUACAGUAACUGUAAAGAUGAAUGUUUACUAAGUCAUGUUCAUUUCUGUCAGCUGAUGACGUGAUGUGCAGGUUUGACAGCAGAUCUGACCUCAACAGAAUCACUCGAUCGAGCUCAUUUGGAUCUGACUAUGAUGCCCUACACCUAGAGAAAAAGGAGGAGGAGGAGGAGGAAAGCAUACCACCUUUUUGCGUUACUAUUAGUGAUGUUUUGUGAGUGAUAGGUACAAACUACUACUUCAACUUUGUGCCAAGACUUCACACCAAAGACUCAUGGGUGAUUUUUAACAGUAGAUACAGACUGUACUGAAUGCUCAUCAUGAUAAUUAGAUUCGUUAGUCUGUGUAGGACUAGUUCAUUGCUCUGUUCAAGGAAUGUAUGCUUCCCAGCUUAAAACAAUCACUUGUGUAAAUUUGAGGAACUUACUAAGAAGACAUUAAGCAGUUAAGUCAUGAAUAGCAUCGUAUAUUAAGCCAUACAAAAGCUGACAAUAUAGAAGUUGUGCAAUAGGUAUUGUAAUUGUUAAAAGCCAAUGUAAUCAAAAGAGAGAAACUUCACAAAAAGUGGCAUCUUCGACUUAGUGCCUUGCCACAAGCUUUAUAUUUAGAAUCUGGCACCAAGAUUUCUGUGCCUCUUUCUUUUUUAACGGACUCAAAAUAGAAGUUUUAAUAAAUUAUGGCCACAUGAUUUGUUGUAAAUUGAUGCCAAGAAUGAUUAGAAAGUCAAUCAUGUUGUAGUUUUUUCUAGCUCUAGCCGUGCCCCCUUCCUGCUCUUCAUGAUUUGAUUAGUCGUUCUGUUUCGGGACAGACGUUUGGUUCAAAGUUUUAACCGCUUUUGUAGCAAAUUGAUUACAAUCAAAUGAGGCUGACUCGUCCCCUCGAAAGCCAUGGCCUCGUGUUUUUUCGGAAAGUAUACUGUAUCCCUCCUCUCUAACUACUGAGGACAAUCUUAGCGAUGUACUGUAGUUUUAGGCAUUUCAAUGGCGGAGGGAGGUGCAUGAGAAACACAAGUCUACUUCCUCUCGGUCCUCUUAGAGCAUCGGGCGGCGGCGGCGGGGGAACUGCUGCGCGGGUUUUUUGGAAGAAGAUAAAACUAAAGAUUUGUGAGACUAAAAACCUUAUCCUCAUAUACUGUAGCUUGAUUGCACGUUGCUCAACCACAAAAUUGUAUAAAAUUGCCAAUGGAUCAUUUUUCGACUUGAGUUUUCAUGUAUGUGUGUCAUCGAUUGUGCACUUACAACUUUUCAUCGAUAGUUUUUAACCAAUUCCAUCCAGGAAAUCCGGCGUAUCGGUUGUUGCCCCAAAGGGACUCAGCUGUAACGGCCUCCAUCAGUCUGGUCGGGACCUUUUCCCCCUUUAAUGGUGCUUUUAGAUUAUUAGUCCGUUUCAUUUUUUAACAAAUGAGUCGAUAAGACCAUGUCAUCAUCACAGGUGAAUGGAGGGGGAAUCGUUUAUAUGCUUUUCAUGUACUUAGUUACAUCAGUGAUAGUACACAAUCGCAGAGGCAACUGAACUUGACACACACACACACUCACGCACACACACACACACACUCUCUCACAUCGACUUUAUGUCAGCUCUUAGUUCCACACCUCAGAGAGGAACAGGAGAUGCAUUGUGGGCCACAAGUAAUCAAAAGGAAGUGUUUACAGGGAAGGCUGUCGGACUACUUUUUGAAAUUGCAGCUCGUCCUAUUCUUUUUAUAAUAAACUCACUUCAGGUAGUUUACAAACACUGAUACAGGCUUAGAAAAAAUCUUAAGUCUUCCAUAGCUUUUCUGUCAGUUUCUGUCCACUGUGUAUUAUAAAAAAAAAAAAAAGCAAUAACCUUUUUAAAAGCGGUGUAUUGGGAUCAUCAAGCCUAUUGAAAUAUCGGCCUGUCGUACAUCAAACAAACUGAAUGUCAGGGAGCUAUUGAAUUGAAGUGAGACCAAGACAAUUUGAUAUUGAUUUUUUAUAUUUUCUGAAACUUUGGACAGGUUGACUUCCUCUUCAGAAAAUAGUACUUAAAAAAAAAAGAACAAGCAUUGUUGCUGGUGUUUUAAAAAAGCUCAUCAAAAACCAGUGGUUUCAGAAAACUGCAACACAAGAACUGAGCGUGUGGUUCAGUCGUCCAACUCAGUGGCACUGUUCAGAGUUGCACCUCCAGCUGUGUCAAAAGAAUGAAAGGGAUUUUGGGCUGUUAAGCCACUGUUAGGAGCGGGUAAUCUGCCGUCAUGUCGAGGUUCAAGGUUCUGCUUUUGCUCCUCGGGCUCUGAGACUGUAGUCGUAGCUGUUCGGGGGAUCAGAGGAGAAGUUUUCAACCUCGCUGUUGUUUCUUUUCCUUUUACAACUCCCUGAACUCUGCACUACAACGUCUCCUGCUCUCAUGUAUUUGGUGACAAGGCAAAAAAACUUAGAACUCAGGGUUUAUAGUGUUAAAAGUGGUCUCAUUGGAUAUACAACCUAUGUCCAUAGUAUAAUCGUGCACUUCUCUUCAGGUGGGGAAACAAGUCCUCAGUCAGUGGUUCCCAAACAUUCUGCCUCAAGGUCUCAAUGAGCCCAUAUUUUCCACAGAGCUGAAGCUCGAGGAGCACUGCAGAACCCGAACCAAAACCAUCGCAGCAGAAACGCCGCGGCUCCUGUUUUGUCCACUCUACACACAACCUCACAACCCAACUGUGAACCUCAGAACUCUACUGUUUUGUACAACUAUGAAGUAAAUGAAGCUAGCUAGAGCUGAUGUUGUAUCUAUUGCCAUUUAUGAAUUUAUUUUAUAGCAUGAAAUAAAAUAUAUUUAUUCAAAUUAUAUAUUUUACUCAUAAUCAUUCUGUGCUGCUUCAUUUUGGUUCUUAAGCUUGUAAAUUGCUUUUUUAUUAUAUGAAAAAAUGUCAAUAGAAAAAUGCGUUUGUAAAAUAAAGACGCUGAUUUGGCUCUGAUUUGUCUUUUGUGUCUCAAGAAUGAUGACGUUUCUUUGGUUCGUUUACUUUAUGUGUUUAUAGACGCACAUAAACUCACAUGACCUGGGUCAGUGUAUCUCAGCUAUCUUGUUAUGUUGUUUACAGAGUUAUUUAGACCUCUAGACAUUCAAUCCAUGAUAAUGUACGCUGGCAUGUGAGGUCCCAGUGCUGUUAAGCUGUAUACAAAUACCAUCUGGAGGAGUAUCUGAUGUAUGUGCAGCUGUGACCCUGCAGAGGGAGCCAGGGGUUAACAAAUACAAUGGAGUUAUCUGUGGUAUAGGACCAGCUAUAACAGUAUAGAUGGCUGUGGUAUAGAGCCAUUAUUCUCUAUUCUUUUUUAUUGUUUAUUUUCAUCACAUUACAGAGAAGAACUGCCUGGUCAAUACUUGAUAAACAAAUUGUGAUUGGCAAAAUAGAAUAUGAACAAAUAAAAGAGAAACUACUAUGACAAGCAGUAAGUGAAAAACAAGCCCAAAGAAUUUAUGAAUAUCUUCUAUUUGCCCUCAUUUCCUCAGAGUGAAAACAUCUUAGUGUAACUACAGAUGAUUUGGUACUUUAAAGCUCUUUCGGGUAACUCUUAGUUUGUGCCAACUGUGUGGACAAAUUAAGUCAUUGCUUACUUUUCCUUUCCUAUUUAAAAACAAAAAAAGUGGGCGGUCAUAUGUAGCAUUCAAUGUGAGAAUAUAGGUGAAAACUGUGAAAAAACAGCUGUUUCUUGUAGUGCUCUGCUGACACCUUCCCCCUCACACUUGUUUGAGGCCUCCCUGUUGCAGCCUACGUGUUUGCAAAGUUACUUCUGUUCAAUUUUACAGAUCAGUAGUCUACAUCGUCUACUUCAUAUUACCUGUCCUGUUGUUCUUGGGUCUGGAUUUGGCCACCUUCAUGAACUCUGACAGAGAGGGUGAAAAGCUCAGCUUCACAGUUACUGAACUGCUGGUCGAACUCCUGAGUCCUAAAACAGUUUUAAAAAUUCUAACAGGAACACAGGUUCCCAAACUUUUCUGACCAGGACUCCAUAAAAUAAAGUCAUCAACUGGAGACCUUCACUGACCCUUAUGGUGAUCCUGAGCUCCCCUUUUAGGUACUUGAUACACUCUCUAAUAGGUGGGUUGGAGAUUGAGCUGCCUGUGGACUUGACUGUAAAUAAGAAAAGUCCCUUCUGGGAAAACAGCAGACUGUGGAGUUGCCUUCCUACCACCUUCCUGGACCCUUGAGCCAAAACUACUUUACAAAGACCCUGCAGAGCGAAGCCAACAACACAAGCUUUUAUAUAAAAAACACACAAACACACUGUGACUCUGUGUGGCUUUAUUUUAAUCAGAUCCAGGUCUAGUUGAAUUUUAGUUUAACUUCAACUUUCUUGUGUCUACAAAGGACAGUGAAAGAGGAAACAAAUGGUUUACUCCUGUGUGUCCAGUGCUGUUAAGCUCUAUACAAAUACCAUCUGGAGGAAUAUCUGAUAUAUGUGCAGCUGUGACCCUGCAGAGGGAGCCAGGGGAUAAUAAAUACAGUCCCAAAGGUUACCCCUCUCAUAGGCAUGGGCUUUUGGUUUAGUUAGAUAAUAGUCAGCAAACAAGAUGCCUGCAGAAACGCUCCUCUGUUGAGCUGAGUUUUAUGUUUUUAAUUAAAUUUCUCAUUAAGAAACAGUCAAUUUAAAGUUGGAGAGUAGAAUAAAAACAAAAAAUAGCUUUAGUUUUUAAAAAAAUAAUUUAUUACCAAACACAUUUCUUCUCUUGCUGGAUGUCUGGAGAAAACCCCUUACCCAAUCCUCAGUAGUGUUGUUGCUUCUGUCCCUAAAGUGUUAAAAAAUGCACCUGAAGAAAGAAAGAGACUCGUAAAGUGGUACAGCUGUACAACAGUCCCCCCUCAGAGUUAUGCACCACUGUGUGUGCGUUUAACAGAAAGCAGUGCCAUGAGGCAGCCAAAUGACCAAUAAACCACCAAAUUGGCCUGCUAUGUGCUUAAUCUGCAUUUUCUGGAAGUUCUUGACUCUCAGGCUGCAGGGGAGGGUUUGUCAGCUGCCUGACUGAGUGCAGCUCCAGUGUUUGAAGCUCUAAAACUCACUGCAUUAACUGAUAAUCUCAAUGAAUAAUAUCAUACUUGGCAGCAUCACACAUUGCUGAAAAUCUUAAUAAAUGGAAUGAUUGAUUCAACGACAGCAUUAUAGAGCUGCUUGGUUAUCUGAUCCUAAAAUAAUAGGCUAAAUUGCACUGUUCAGUGGAAUAUGAGCAUUAAAAGAACCACAAGAUACGAGGCCAGGAAACAGAGGUAGCUGUGUUUCCACUAAGACUCUUUAACUGCAUUCUAUGGUGAUGAUGUAUUGCAGCUCUGUAAUAGAGACCCGUGUAGUUGGAUUUGACUGGUUAAUUGGCGGGUAUAGAUUUUCACACAUUUGUUCAUAUUUACACUCAGGAUUAGCAUUAGUGUUGUGAUGGCUGGUUUGUUGCCAGAAAAUGAUUUUUUAGGCGACUUCAGUUGCAGCAAUAACCCUCUAAUGUUAAAAAUGCAGCUCUCACCCCCUCUCCUUUCUUUCACCUCAGAGUCACCACGUGAUUGUUUUAAGUGGCUCAUGAAAAACAGCUCUUGAAUGUUUUUUUUUAUACCACUACAUAAUUGUGCAUUAUGUAAUAGGGCUGACUCAAACUAUUCUUUCAUCACUUUGUGUCAAACUAAGAAUUAGGGAUGGUCUAAAUUAAGCUCCUGACCACAUGACAGUGAAGAAUAAUUAACCCUGUGGCCUGUGACACUUAGACAGAUAUGCAGAAAAAGAUGGUGCUGCCACGUUACAAGAGGUCUGGUGAGAAGGAGUGGAGCUGGUGGGAAAAGGGAGCGCUGUAGAAGCAUAGAGGCCUAUUGUAUUCACUUCACAGAAAAAUGAUUUAAUAUUAUUAUUAUUAUUAUUAUUAGUGAGAAAUUAUUAGUGACAAAUAUUCAAUUAUUGACUUAAAAUGACUUAAAAAAAGAUUCCCUAUAUUUUCUGUAAUAAUGACGUAUUAUCUUGGAAUCAAGAUUGUUAAAACAGAAUAAAAAGUUCCCUUUUUCUGUUUUAUGUAGCUUUUAAAAAAGUGACAUAAAUCUUUAAUUUUCCCAAAAUGAUAUCCUAAUUCUGACAUGUUAAAAAAAUAAACAGCAACAUAAUUAACAGCGGGUUUUGCUGUUAUUAUUUUCAAUGCAAUACGCUUUAAAAAGAUGUAAAUAAAUUUUUCAGGUUAAAAAAAAAAAAAAAAACCUGAACCGGAAGUAGUAGUAGUCUCUGGCGCCAUCUAUUUUUGGCGCUUCGCGACAUUUAAUGAAGUUAAUUUGUAAACAAGCUUCACCUAAACGCACCGCAGCCUCCCCAAUAUUUAACAACAGUGACACAGUGAACUAAACUAGCCAAUCAAAACGGUCUACUGGGCAAAAAAGUACCUCAGCUUUCAGGUAAGGUUAUUUUCUCCCCAUAUUACAUGUAUUUUUGCACUUUUUUUUAACGCUUAAAGACUCAAAGAAGCGAAACUGAACAGCGAACGUCGUCGCAGUUGUUCGCUAAAAUCAAACAGGUUAUAUGGCGGUUGUUUAGUGACAGUAAAGCUAGCUGGUCGGCUAAAAGUUUACCUAUCUGCGCAUUGUUAGGCGACGUUCUAUGAGUGCGAAUAUAGGAGGUUGUUUGUCUCUAUAGGGGAGAGUGGGGUAAGUUAAGCCAAAGGGUAAGUUGUUGUUCUUCCUUGAGCUGCGUCACCCCGCUGUAGUCAGUAAUGGGCUGACUAAACAAGCGGCUGCUGGAAGAGAGUAGGAGAGUUGUGUUUAGUGUCUUUGAUAAAGAAAUUAGUCAAACUUAAAAAGAUGUUUGGUGUCUAGUACUAUGGCUGUGACCCUAUAUGUCCUGUUGAUGAAGUUAGGUGCUGUUCUGAGUAUUAUUUGUGGCUAUAGAGUGGCGUUUUGGUAGCUGUGUGUUGCCAUCCUGCCGUCGUUACUAAAGUUGGUAUAACUAGAGAAGCAAGCGGUCGGCAACAUUCAUCUCUCGGUGUUACGGUGUGUUUGACCCUAAAUUAAUUUUACGCUGGAAUAUCCCUUUAACUCCGCCAUAGACUCAUUUCUUUUCUCACUUUAGAUGUGAAGCACAAUAAACUAAGACGAACUGUUUUAAAAUGUGAUUUCAGGAGCUGCUCACAGAUUCAGAGGUGGAAAAGUUUCCAUCCAGCUGACCUUCUACCUCGGUGAAUGGAAGGUAAUUGACCUCGUUGUCUGUGACACAGAGCUAAAUGGGGCGUUGAAUACUGGGAUACUGCCGCCACAUUACGUAGAGUGAGAGUAGUGUAGCUGGUGUGGAAGUGGAGAAAAGCAGGUGAGAGGAUUCCACCUACACUAAGUGAAAACACAGUCUUGUGGUUUAGUCGGAUUGUUAUUCCUGCAGCAAAUGGAGCCAUGGAAAAUGUGUUGAGUGGCAGUUAAGGAAAGGUAACCUGUUUCCACUUGGUCUGAUCCAGACAGCACCACAUCGCCCCUGUACAUGAUGCAUGCAGAGGAGAGGUGUGCACAGUAGAUUAUUAGGACUGUUAAGUGAUGAAACUUGCAGACAUGAUAACAUUUUCACUUUAUUGAGCUUUAAUUUGCUAUGCUGUGUGGGUUUUAAUAAACUAAGAAAGUCUAUGGAAAAUAAUCUGCUAGUCUACCUACUUGAACAUUAGCUGUAGCGACUGCUUUCUUUUAACAAAAAGGCCACUGGGGGGUUCAGGUGGGCUUGCGUCUGUGACUCGUUCCAAAAAAGGAAAGAAAACGCGCUGAUUCAGGCCCAAAACUUUUGCUUUUAAAUGAAAAAGUGAUAUGAUGAAAUGAGGUUAAAACAGGAUGAGUGAAACCGCCAACAGAAAAAUUAUCAGAGUUUACCAAAAAUCCAUUGUCUGACUACACCUGUGAGAUUUAAAUUACCCGCCAAACAUCCUAAAACCAUGCACCUCGGUGUCAAUCCCUGAAAGUGACGAACCUGAUAGAAAUCAUAUCCUCAACAAAUAUAUUUUUGCUCCUACACUAGCUUUUGUUGUCUUAGUAAUACAGUCCAUGUCUUUUUUAUGUGAAGUAAUUUGUAAGGAAAGUUAACCUUUGACCUGAUCUCUUGACCCAGACCCAGUGACACAAAGCCUCCAGCUCUUCCCUGUGUUUGAUGGCUGCAAAGCAUGAGUGUGCUACAUGUCUUAUCAAGACCACAGAUGACACUGAGGGCACAAGCAACCAACAAGUAAGUGACAUCUAUUGAAGAAUAGCUGAAUUUGGUGUUAUUAGUGCUGUGGAAUAAACUGCUAAUAUAGCUGUCAGCUGUGCUAUGGUCGUGAUAAUACAAGUAUAAUUUUUUAUGUGUUGGAAAAGUAUCAUAUCACCACAUUACCAUACAGUGGGUCUCUCUAUGUUGUUGAUGAGUUAGACAGCUGCUUUGUACAUAGUUGACAUGAAGCCCUAUCUUUGUCUUUUAUUUUUCCGUUUAUCCUGGAGAUCCCAAAAUACUUCCACACAGAGCUUCUCAGCUGUUUCGGUGUCGAUCGUCCACUCAUUGCGGUGUAGCUUGACCAUUAUUUUGUAGAAUAAUGUUACGAUAUCAGCUUACUGGGCUCAAGAGUGCAUGGAUUGGCCAGGUUACAGUGAGAACACUCUCUGCUGGAUCAUAUGGCAAGCUAUUUCUGAAGGCCUGAUGUGCUGGUGUUAUUAUGAAUUUGAAACGGCUCAUUACAGUUUGGAUAUGAACUUUUACCCCUGAGUUUGUACGACAGUCUGAAUAUUUGAUAAAUAGUGACAGUCCUAUAAGGCAGCAACACAAGUCUGUAAGUCAGUUUGAUUCUUCAGGGACACAGAAAGAGUAAAUUAAAGCUCCAGUUGAAUCUCUUUAUCACUCCUUGCAAGUUCAACUAUUUAAAACCUUCAGCAAAGAAAAUGUUUGUAUUUCUUCAUUUUCACCAAAAACAAUCGGAUGCACUUACUGAAAUGAGGAGAAAGCUGGCCUUGAACUGUACUUGCUGUACUAGGAUGACCUAAGAACAUGAAAUCCUGGUAAAGAGGAACAUAUGUCCGAUUCUGAGAAACUCUCAUUUUCCAGUAAAAAAAAACCUUCUUUGUGUGUUGGUCAUAUUUUCCUUUAUUAAAACAGAGUCAGUGUGCAGAGCUGAGAUGAUACAUGCUCCAGUAAUUUUGACUCACAGUUUAGAGGAGACGUUUGAAGUGCUGCCAAUGGACCGGAGCAGAUUUCUUGUGUAUAUUCAUCAGUUUUGGUUGUAAAAAAAAAAACUAUGAUGUAUUCUUCUGUUUGUCAUCUCAAAUAUAUUUUAGAGAAAGUAGUAAUAUUAACCUGAAGUGUGAUUAAUCAGUUUGGUAUUGUCUAGUGUUGGAAAUUUUGGCUCUCUUUUUGAGAUGCUGUGUACCAAACUGGGAACCAAGUGAUGAAAAAGUUUCUUAAAUUUACUGUGAAAGUUUCUAAAGUUUCUAAAUCUAAAGCAGAGAAAUAAUACCACACUGGCCACGGUGAUACUUUACACAAUUAGAUUUCCACCAUUUAAAGGAAAAUUCCUGAGAGGUUUCCUAUAAGCUCCUC